AUGGCGUAUUGUGGUGAAUCUUACGAUUUGAAAAAAGAUCCUACUCUUUCGUCUCAACAUUCGUUGUCGAGUCCCAACUUUCUAGAAUAUUUAACUAAUACUUCUGCUUCAAUACCAUCUUCGAAAAGUAACAUCGAUUUAAAAAUUAAAACUACAAUUAUUCCAGCUAGACGUUCUAGGUCCCCGAGCCCUACGCCCAUGCCUUAUCCCGGUUACGUAGCUUCUGGAAUGAGAGUUAAUUUGCCAUCAUUUAAUUCCAAUUUAAAUUCUAGUAGUAUGACGGUUAAUAAUUCAUUUUCAAGGUCCACCCCAUCGCAGUCUUCAUCGUUGAUGAACAAUUAUUUAGGCGAUUGCAUAAAAUAUCCCACUAAUCGUAAUUAUGGUUCCAAUGUAACUAAAUACGGCCCCCGUUCUCCUACUUCUCCUAUGAAAAUCGAAAGUCCCGGUACUUUGCUCCCUAAUUCAAAUUUUUGUUUGUCUUGUCCUCCUGCGAGUCUUCAAUUAUCGGCGGCAAUACAAACAAAACGAACCGAUCCAGAUGCUCCUGGAGAAGUAGAUCGGGACUACAUUGGAUUUGCUACACUACCCGAGCAAAUACAUAGGAAAUCGGUAAAAAAAGGAUUUGAUUUCACUUUGAUGGUUGUCGGAGAAUCAGGACUUGGAAAAUCAACUUUGGUUAACAGUUUGUUUCUAAGUGAUUUAUACAAGGAUAGAAAAAUUCCAGAUGUCAGCGAUCGAGUGGAAAAAACUACGACGAUUGAAAAAAAAUCAAUGGACAUCGAAGAAAGAGGUGUUAAAUUACGUUUGACAAUUGUUGAUACACCUGGAUAUGGGGAUGCCAUCAAUGGAGAGGAAAGUUGGAGAUCUUGUUGUGCUUAUAUCGAUGAACAAAUGCGCCAAUAUUUUCAAGACGAAAGUGGUUUAAACCGUAAAAAUAUUCAAGAUAAUAGAGUUCACUGUUGCGUUUAUUUUGUACCUCCAUACGGUCAUGGAUUAAGGCAAUUAGAUUUAGAAUUUAUGAGACGGUUGCAUCGGAAAGUAAAUAUUGUACCGGUGAUUGCCAAAGCAGAUACCCUAACGGCUUCGGAAGUUAAAAGACUGAAAGAACGAAUAAUGGCCGAUAUAGAAGAAAAUCAAAUACAGAUAUAUCAGUUUCCAGAUUGCGACAGCGAUGAAGAUGAAGAGUUUAAAGAACAAGAUAGAGAACUCAAAGCGAGCGUACCUUUUGCUGUUAUUGGAAGUAAUGUUUUAUUAGAAAUAAAUGGAAAACAAGUUCGAGGUCGACAAUAUCCCUGGGGUAUUGUUGAAGUUGAAAAUCCUAAACAUAGCGAUUUUAUAAAACUAAGAAAUAUGCUCAUUUGCACACACAUGCAUGACCUCAAAGACAUCACACAAGACGUUCAUUAUGAAAAUUUUCGGGCUCAGUGCAUUUCACAAAUUUCCAAAGAAGCAAUAAGAGAAAGGAGUAAAUUGAAAAGAGAUUCAAUUGCUCAAAUGGAAGGAUUAUCAGAUACGGAUCGUUUGCUAUUAGAAAAAGAUGAAGAAAUAAGAAGAAUGCAAGAUAUGUUAAAACAAAUGCAAGAAAAAUUACAAAUAGAUUCCAAUAAAAGGGACAGCGUUUUAAACGUUUAA